AUGCGCCAGGCCACCACCGCGCCCGGCACCAAGAUUCGCGAGGUCCACGUUGCCCACACUCCGCCCAGCGCAAAGGUGCCGCUCCUGACAAGAAACCAAGCAGGUGAAGCCCUGCACAAACCAAUGCUCUUCUUUGGGUUUUGUGACAACUGCAGAGACAACUGCACCGACAGCAGCAACAACAAGAGCAAGAACAAGAGAAAGAACAGCACCAAGAACGCCGCCAUCAUGAAUAACUCCGGCCCCGCGUCAUCCGAUUCGGACAAGAACCCCAAUGACACGAAGGCUACGCGAAAGGCUCUGCAGGAUCUGCAAAACGAAAAGAGCGUAUUGAACCAGAACCUGCGCAGCCUGGAGCAGAUGGACAAGUGCGCGCCCACCACGAAGAGCCUGCCACUAGUUCCCGACACACCUAUCGAGGUCCUUGACAUGACCAAGAGCUCCGAGCCUAAGCUUGUCAAUGUCGAGGGGGCGCCCCUGAAUGGAGGCCAACCCGGCAACUAUGACGACCUGGGGCGUGGGAAAUAA